AUGACUUCUUCUUCAACCAUAUUCACAGUCACCAAUGAACAGUUCAACCUGUUUCACUCCAUUGACCGAGAACUGUACUCACGGUUGAUUCUCAAACUUGGCCGGGACCAGGCGGAAUCGAUGCAAGUCAUGGCAUUCUGGUUGUGGCUCGAAAGAUCAGGCCGUGGCUCUCCUGUUGUGAAUAAACUGUUGUCUCUGCCCAUCACUUUGAUCAAUGAACUUGCAGAUGAAACUGUCACUUGCUUGAAAUGCAUAGAAAGCGACAACUUUUCUUUUCAUGGUCCAACUAUUUGUGCUCUUCAAAAUGUGACAGAUAGUGGUAUUACUCUUCAAUUCAUUCAUGAGAACAGGAUCAAUGUUCUUCGUGGAGUGACGAAGAUUGUGAAUGAGGUCUGUGCUAGGGCUUUUCGAAGAGUUACUGUCCCUCAAAUGAUUGGCAAAGUCGGUGAGUCUAGCAGUUCUGUCAAAACUGAAGGAGGGAGAGUGAGAGGAACAAUGGUGGGGGGUGGGUCUUAUCACCCAAUUAUAAAUGUGCCAUUUAAUACAAGUGUGGAAGCUAUUCCUCAUGUGGGUCAUGGCGGAACUGUGAAUUUUGGAGAAGGUAUGCCUUCUUCGGAGAAAAUUGGGGUUUCUGGGCAUGUGGUGGGUGUAGGGAAUGUGAAGGGUUAUGAUUUGAGUACAGAGCGCCAGAUUUUGAAUACUGAACUGAGUGAUAUUUUGAGCCGUGUUAACCUAACUGUGACGGAGGAAGAGAGAGAAGUUUCACCAGAUGACAGGAGUGUCUUCUUAACUUUCUCCAAAGGAUACCCAAUAUCUGAAACUGAAGUUAGAGACUUCUUUACCAGAAAAUUUGGAGAUUUUAUUGAAACCAUUUACAUGCAAGACGUCCCAGCUGAUGAGCAAGCACUAUAUGCACGACUUAUAGCCCGUUCGGCGUCGGUCAUUGAAGCUAUCGUCGGCGGUGGAGGUAGAGCAAAGUACACUAUCAAUGGGAAACAUGUCUGGGCCCGGAAAUAUGUGAAGAAGCGCCACCCAAAAUCGCCACCGCGAGUAACAGCAUCACCGCAGUCACAACCAGCUUCGCCGAUGGCAGCGCCGCCACCACCACCCUGA